GAAGAAGCCAAAAAACGUAGGGAACGUACGAACAAAGGGACGACACAGCAGGGUCUUCCACACGCGGAUGUGCACGUCGCGCGCAUCGGGGACUUCCUCUCAUGGAGACCUCCCGCACGGACGCGUCUACAUCUGCCAUGUGCAUGCCAACCGCUUCGCCAGUUGCGCAGAUGCUCCUACCAGGCAGUGAGUGAGCAGCUGGGGGGAAGAGAGAGACGCCGGGGGGAGAAAUUGACUCCCUCACAAAUGUAGGCAUAUGCACAUACGCGCAUACGCACGUACACAUCACUGCUGCGCCGCUUCCAGUGAGAGUCUCCCCCUUCGGCACUCCCGAACAGACGCAGAGAAAAGGGGCGGGAAAGCCAAAAUGGGUCUGCACAGUGCAGCGGAGGAAUCGAGCGGCCUCACCACUGGGAAGGACGACGAAAGGGGGAAAGAUGGCCACCAAGAAGGCGCUAAAAAAGGCGCUAAAAAAGGCGCUAAAAAAGGUGGUGAAAAAGGCGGUCAAAAAGGAGGUCAAAAGGGCGGUCAAACGGGCGCUCAAAAAGGUGGCCAAAAAGGUGAUCCAGAAGGCCAUCAAAAAGGCGGUCAAAAAAGCGGUCAAAAAAGCGGUCAAAAAGGCGGUCAAAAAGGCGGUAAAAAAGACGGUAAAAAAGACCAUCAACAAAAUGACCGCCAAGCUGACCGCCAGAACGAAGCGGCGGGAUCGCUAGGGGUGAGGGCCAACUCGAGACAACGCCGCAAUGUGAAGCCACCCGGAGGAACCACCGCCAACAUGCCAAACGAAACCCACGAUAGAGGAAAAACAAAAAAACACCACCUAGAUAAUGUAGAAAAGACACUACAGAAGAGCAACGUCGACUGCGUAAGUUACGUAUACAAAAAUAUGAACGACCAGACGACUUCAAAAAAUGUGGCAAGUAGCAUCAAACUCGGUGGGGGAGAAGGUCGAGUGGAUGCCGUUCGAAAGAUGCUGCUCUUCGAAAAAAGGGCAAAAAAAAAUGUGACAAUUGGGGCCAGCCGCACAAGUGCAGCCACUGGGGGAGAUGGCCCAUGUGCGAAGGACGACGAGACGGUUCACUCGCUUAUCCUUUCCACCUUCAUCAAUACGAAGCUCAGGCAAACUCACAACCACGCUGGUGAAGCGGUGAAUAGGCCGAAGAAGGUCAAGCUAGCUAAGCAGCCACCAGGGGGGAACAACAAAAAGGGAGAGUAUGCUAAGAGAGGGGAAAGAUUACAUGCUAUACGAAGCGAAGUCACCCCCGCUAGCACACACCAGACAGCAGAUGCGUAUAGGCAAAACCUAACCGCAGAAGUGACGAAAGUAAUAUGCACACAUAAGGACGUCCAAAUAACAGAAACCGAUGAAGAGCUAAAAAAUCUCAAAAAUGAUGGCACCUUUUUGUAUGAACAAGUCAUAUCAGAAAGAGAGAAAAAAAAAAAAGUGAAUUCUACUCAAACGAGUCCCCUCUACCAGGAGGACGAAAUAAAAUGCUUUGCAAAAUAUAUGGCCAAGCAGAUUGUUAACGAAGCUACCAUUCAGCUUACGUAUGAGGAAAAUGUGAAGGCGAUGGAGGAUAAGAAGAAGGCCGUGCAGUUAAACCAUCGGCGGAACCUGCAGACCUAUUCGCACCUCACUGAUUUUCAGCGGGACAACUUGGGGGUCCUGGCCGACGGCGCCGAGCUCUCCAGGUGCCUCCACAUCCUCGGCAAAAUAAACACCUUCGGCCUGUCCGGGAGCCUCAUAAAAUCCCUUGUGCGGAAAAAUGUAGAAGCGGCGAAGGAGCAGAACAAACGAGAUCAAAUCGAGUGGAAUAACGACGUCAUAAAAAAUCUGCUCAAAAAUACCAUCGCCUUUGUGGCCACGGAAAAGAUCGUCUCCUUUAUCGCUGAAGAACUCAUCGAAGAUUGCGUCUUAAAUUUCUGCCGCCUCGACAAAAGGGACGUGGACAUUCUGCGUGCCAACUUGGAGGAGAACAAAAUCUCUCUCUACGAGCGGAGGCGAAUGGAGGGCGGGCAUUUCAAUUUCGUCCUUUCGAAUGGCAACCUACACGUGAACAUCCCCCUACGCGUGGGGAAGCACACGAGCCUGGAGGACCUCCUACGGAGGAUCAAAAAUCACAUCAAAAAGGAAAUGAACUUUCUGCGCAAGGAAUACAAGCUGGACUGCCUCUGCAUCCGGGACGGAACUCGCAGCAUCGCGAGCAUCCACGAGCUGCUCUCCUCCGAGUCCUGCCACUUCACCAUCUGCUUAAACAGAAAGGAAGGAGAGGUGCUGCCAACUCGCUAGCACAGCAGCUGCGCUGAAGGGAAAAACCUACACCCUUCUUGGAGAAAGCAAAAAAAAAAUGAGUUUGUCCUCUUGUGGGGAGACGUACCAAGGGGUUCCAGGGCGAUGUGCCUCUACGCACGAGGUGGUAGGUCUCCCUCUUCCCCCCACCUGAAGGUUAUCUCUUCUCCCCCCUUCCGUUGUGCUCCUCCGUUCCCUCGG